AUGGGCUGCGCACCUUCCCACAGUGACAUUGUCAACAGUAUGACCAGGAGCGGUAUCCAAUUUUGGAAAAAACCCAAGACCAUUUUGUCAGCCCAUCGGGCUGGCCGUGAAGGGCUGUCCAUCCCUUUGCUGGUUCAAGGCUCCACCUGCUAUGGAGAGGCCUCACCUCAGGUGCAGAGGCAGCAGGCAAGGGAGCACCCAGAUCUCCGGAGGGAUCAGAACAUGGCCAGAAGCCUCCGUCUCUUCCCUGGGAAUCCCUCUCCAGGCAGGAGGAGAGAACCUGAAGACGCGGCCCUAGAAGCUGAAGCUGCUAUGUCAGAGAUCAUCGAUUCUCAGAAACACUUGACCAAGGAUACACAGGUAGAGAGUCAGAACUCCUCCAGGGAGGACUUCUAUGGGAAUAAACAGAAGGGACGGUGUGCCAAGGAGUCUUCUAAGAAAAGAAAGUCAGCCACUGACCGCAUAUUGGGGAAAGAGAGUGGUCACUGUCAAGCCCAAGACUUUCUUGCUUAUGGGCCCGAAGACAAGGUGGAUUUCCCUGAAGCCCUGGUGACUGCUCACCACAGGGCUUAUGCCUUUCUGCACCCCAGCCUCUCCAGAUAUGAAGCCAUCCUGGGCAUAGCCCAUGAGGCUGCCCAAACCCAGCAGUACCUCCAGCAAAUGGUGGUAUUCUUGCUCUGGCGCUUUGAUGAGAUCAACAAGCUAUUGGGAGAGAUCGCCAAUGAUGGAGAAGUCCUCCUCCAAGAAGCCGGAGCCCAUCUGGCAUGGCCAGAUGAAAAGGAAGGCCCUCCAUGGCAGCCGGAUCUCCUGCAACAGCUGCUACAGUAUACGGCCAACAGGAUGCAGGUUCUCCAUCACACAGUGACGUCCCUCACCUCCAGUGCUCUGCAGGACUCCAGUAGCUACCUCCAUUCUGCUGCCCAGCAUCUGGACAAAAAACUAGAGACUAAAAGAGAACUGGACCAAUGUCUUCUGAAGGCCAUCAGGAUCCUCAAAAACUGUGUGGCUAGCCCCAGUACGCCCAAGGUCGAUGAUCGACCUCUCUAUUCUGAAGACAGUGGCAUUGGGGCUGACAAUGAGUCUCUGCAUUCUGUGGACAGACUGGGGAAACAGACCAGUUGGGAUUCUUUGGAUGAGCCCACAGAAAAGAAGCCUUGGCUUUCAUACCACAGGGAGACCAAGGUGGCAGCAGAUGCCUGGCAGCAUCACCCAUCAGCAUCAGGGUCCAGCAGACCCCAGGACUGUGCUCUUGAAAGACAAAGAGCUCACCUAGCUGCACCGGGUAUCCCUUUCCAUGCUGAUGAAAUGCCAGCAAAUACACUCUGCAGGUCUCUGCAGCCGGGGACAAGGUCUUCACAUAAUGCCUUAAAAACAGGGGCCCCUGAGAAAGGAGAACAUUUCGGGGGCUAUGGGUUAACCAUUCCUCUGCCCCUCACUGAUGAGGAGGACAGCACUCCAGAGGAGGAGGAAGACAACGAUGAUGAAGAUGGCCCCCCUGGCCUGAGUCACAACCAGACAGGGACUCGGUCUUUGAGGCCAACAACUUCCCCAGCUCUCGCAGAAAGUGUGGUGUGGCCACAUUUCAAGAGAAUCGAGACCCCCCAUGCCCAGGAAAUGAUUCUCAAGAUGAAGGAUGCAAUCAGUGAAAGAAUCAAGUUUGUCCCAGCUCAGCCCGCAUACAAGGAAUGGACGGAGGAUGAAGAAAGGAAGGUAAUCCUCCCUCCUAGGCCUAGCACUGUCUGCGAGGGCAGGAGGUCGUCUGGGAGACCAAAGAGAUCCAAGUCUGAGGAAUCUCUCAAGGGCCACGCUGAGGACCCCACACUCCUGGAACUGCAGAGGGUCCAGAAGGACCUCAGCCAGAGGCUAGAGAUGUUCUAUGGCUUCCGUAAGAAAAGGAGGAUGCAGAACAAAGAGGAGCACGGUGUCCCCAGAACAGCCGUGCUGUAUCUGCACAGCAGAGGCAGGCCUACCCAGGGCUCCUCCAUUAGCAAGCUGAAGGCCUCCCUCGCCAAGAACCUCAGCAUUCUGCCUAGUCAGGAAAAGAUUGGCUUGCAGAAACCUGAUCCCAAAUCUAAGAGUCAGCAACCCAGCCAAGGAAAAGCUGAGGCACUUUCAAAGGUUACCACACCUGUCCAGGAAUACAUAUCGUGGGAGAGAGAAAGCAAGGCUCCCGAGACCCGGGGAUGGAGUGGUGAGGGAUGCAGCCCUCGACCAUCUGUCAAGAAACUCAUCGAAACCUUCAGUCCUAAUGAAGAGAUGUUGCCGCCAAUGAGUCCCAGACCCUCAGGGGAGGUCAGUGGCACCAAGAAAUUUGGCGUUCCCAUCAUGCCUUGCAGAUUUCCAAUUUAUAGGGGGCUUGCCCCUUUGUAUCCCAAGCACCCGAUUUCUCCAGGAACACCUGGAGAGCCUCCCAAAUUGGGCCCAAACUGGAGGCCCUUCGCACCAGUCUUCACACCUCUCCCCACAGUGGUCCAAGUCUCCAAGAGUGCUCCAAACAGUGAAACAGAGGAGGAUUUACAGGACCUCCCUCCCCCACCUCCAGAAAUACUGAUGGACAACUCGUUCAAUUCACUGAAGAGCCCUGGAGAUCCAGAGACUGGAGUGUGUCCUGCUGAAGUGCCCAACAAGCUUAGUCCAGGGGGGCCUCCCCCCACCAGGAAAACAUCGGCUUCCCAAAGGCUGAAGGCUUCCCUGAAUUCCAUUGACUUACUGCCUAAUAAAAAUAUCCCCAACCCCAUCCCUCCCAGUGAGAAAGGAUCAGGGCACAGCAAGACAGAGAGGAAAGCCAGAAAUGUCUCCUUAGAACUGAUCCAUGCACCUGGAACCAGCCACAACCAAGAGAGACCAGGUGUGGCCCAGAGAGAGCCAGAAGCAGAAGAGACUGCGAGUCUGAACAAGCAACCCCAUAAGGUGAUACCUCUGCCCCACCCCAACAGCAUAGCUGGACUGAAAGGAAACAAGGAAGCCUGCAUAUCUAGGCCACCCCAACCCGAAGGGCCAAGGCAGGGCCAAGAUAAGAGCCCAGGCCUGGUAAGGAAAAUGUCUCCUACGAGGAGCCACUGGUCACACAGGACCGAAAAGAGAAACCUUAGCCCACCUGCCUCACACAGACCUACUGGGCUGCCGACCCAGCCAAGCCUCCCCCAUGUGCAAAGGCAGUCCAGCCCCCCUUUUAGCCCCAGGACAAGCCCUCCAGUCAGGGCCAGGACGCCUAGCCCCCCAACAAGCCCCAAGACAACAAGCCCCCCAGCAUCAAGAAAAUCAACUUCUCCUCUCCUCCAACACAAAAAUCCCAGUUCUCCCACAGAAGUCCCUCAGAGCCCCCCACCCCCCCAAGAGCUCUCAGGCCCCCCGAUCAUUCAUAGAGAAGUGAGCACUCCUCCCUUUUGUUCCACCCCUACCCCUCCAACCUCCCCAUCCCAGGAGCCCAAGGAGCCAAGCUCAUGGGGGGAGAGUGAUCCAGCUCCAGCCAAGGUGGCCCCCAACACCUGCUCCAUAUUCUGCCCUGCAACCUCCUCUCUGUUUGAGGCCAAAUCCCUAUCGUCCCCCAAAGAGCCGCACACAGAGGGUGGGGAACAUUUGGAAAUGGGAACAGAGGCUAAGAGAAACCUGGUGCUGCCAAGGCAGUGGGGGGAGCCCCAGAAGAGGAUGGCCUUGUGUGCCCUCAACCCUCAACCUUUCAUCAGAAGGACUGCCUCCGACCAUCGGCCAAGAGUACGCCUCCGGCUGCCAGGCUCAGCCUCCGUGGGGACCGCAAGUGAACUAUGCAGCCAGACCAGCUCAGAGGAGAGUCCCCCAAAGGAAGCGCCACCUUUGAAUAGCCUCUGCUUAUUGGACAUGAAGGGAAGCAGUAAGUGGGCAUCUCACCCUGAUCUGUACGUGGUUGGUCGGGGGCUCCAGAGGGAGUGAGAGUCUGGACCGUGUCAAAGUGCCUCCCAGAAGCCAGUCCCAUCGGGGAGUCCCUUUCAGAGAAGCCUCUUAUCACCCCAGGCCUGAAGGAACUGGAAGAGAACAGA